CGGCGGCGUCUUUUGGGCGGCGCACUGGGCGAGGGAGCCCCUUGGCGGGCCGAGAGGGAGGGAGAGGCGCCGGGAUGUGGAGGAGCAGCGCCCGCGCCGCCUGCGUUGUCUGUCAACACCUAGCAAAUGGGACCUAUGGAGUCAGAGGGAAGUCGCCGCUGCAGAAACUGCAUCUCGUUUCCCGGAGUAUUCAUCAUUCCCGCCACCCUCUUUCCAGAUUUCAAAGGCUGCCGUUACGGAUCUCAGCGCAGCCGUUCUCUGCUCUUAAUCACCUUCCCUUGCGCAGCAGCAAACUCCUCCUUGUAAAGCAUGGAUCCCAACCCCACAGGACCUUUUGGCUAGCCAGAGUGGCUUCCAGGCUUCUAAAGCUUCGCUAUCUCGUCUUAGGAUCUGCUGUGGGCGGUGGCUACACAGCCAAAAAGACAUAUGACCAAUGGAAGGAGAUGGUGCCUGAUCUCACCGAGUACAAGUGGAUUAUUCCUGACUUCAUAUGGGAACUUGAUGAAUACGUUGACUUCGAAAAACUUACAAAAGCUCUUCCUGAUUCAGAAGACCUCGCUAAGCUGCUGCCUGAUUUUGACAAGAUUGGAGAGAGCCUCAGAUCACUGUCGGGUUUCCUCACACCUGGUUACAAUUUGAUUAGUGAAGUCAUAGGAGCUUCUGAUCUACUUCUGUUAUUAGGUUCUCCCGGGGACACGGCUUUCCGAGCUACGGAACAGGGAAGUGAAGCUGAGAAACAAUACAAGAAGGGUCUUCUGGGCGAGCUCAUUCUCUUGCAGCAGCAAAUCCAGCAGCACGAAGCGGAGGAGGCGCGCAGAGCCACUGACCAAUUGGGCCCAGGCUCCUCCCAGCAGAAGCGAAAGGUUUCUGACAAAGAAAAGGUAGAUCAGCUGCAAGAAGAACUCCUGCGCACUCAGUUGAAAUAUCAACGGAUGCUUGAGCGUUUAGAGAAGGAGAACAAAGAGCUCAGGAAGAUUGUCUUGCAGAAAGAUGACAAAGGCAUCCACCAGAGGAAGCUGAAGAAAUCUUUGAUUGACAUGUAUUCUGAAGUCCUGGAUACUCUGUCGGAUUACGAUGCCAGCUAUAAUACCCAUGAUCAUUUACCUCGGGUUGUAGUGGUUGGAGAUCAGAGCGCUGGCAAAACCAGUGUGCUGGAGAUGAUUGCUCAAGCCCGGAUCUUCCCUCGAGGCUCUGGGGAAAUGAUGACUCGUUCGCCCGUUAAGGUCACCCUCAGCGAAGGUCCCCACCACGUGGCCAUGUUCAAGGACAGCUCUCGAGAGUUUGAUCUGACCAAGGAGGAGGAUCUGGCAGCCUUGAGGAAUGAGAUUGAGAUCAGGAUGAGGAAGAGCGUGAGUGACGGCUGCACCGUCAGCACUGAGACCAUCUCCCUCAGCGUUAAGGGUCCUGGCCUGCAAAGGAUGGUGCUGGUGGAUUUGCCGGGUGUCAUUAGCACGGUGACGUCAGGGAUGGCCCCGGACACAAAGGAGACGAUCUUCAGCAUCAGCAAAGCCUACAUGCAGAAUCCCAACGCCAUCAUCCUUUGCAUUCAAGAUGGGUCUGUGGACGCCGAGCGCAGCAUCGUCACCGACUUGGUCAGCCAAAUGGACCCUCAGGGCAAGAGGACAAUCUUUGUUCUGACAAAAGUGGACCUCGCUGAGAAAAACGUGGCCAGUCCAAGCAGGAUCCAGCAGAUAAUUGAAGGCAAGCUCUUCCCAAUGAAGGCUCUUGGGUAUUUUGCAGUCGUCACAGGAAAAGGAAAUAACUGCGAAAGUAUUGAAUCUAUUAAAGAGUACGAAGAGGAAUUUUUCCAAAACUCCAAACUACUCAAGAACUGCAUGCUGAAGGCCCACCAGGUGACCACGCGGAACCUCAGCCUUGCCGUGUCGGACUGUUUUUGGAAAAUGGUGCGAGAGUCUGUGGAGCAGCAGGCAGACGCUUUCAAAGCAACCCGCUUUAAUCUGGAGACUGAGUGGAAGAAUAACUACCCCCGCUUGCGAGAACUUGACCGGAAUGAACUGUUUGAAAAAGCAAAGAACGAGAUCCUCGAUGAAGUCAUAAGCUUGAGCCAGGUGACACCAAAGCACUGGGAAGAGAUCCUUCAGAAGACCUUGUGGGACAGGGUCUCGACUCACGUGAUAGAAAACAUCUACCUCCCGGCAGCACAAACCACAAACUCGGGCACCUUCAACACCACGGUGGACAUCAAGCUGAAGCAGUGGACAGACAAACAACUGCCCAACAAGGCCGUGGAGGUUGCCUGGGAGACCCUCCAGGAGGAGUUUGCUCGCUUCAUGACGGAAGAGAAGGGCAAAGAGCACGACGACAUCUUUGACAAACUGAAGCAAGCCGUGAAGGAUGAGAGCAUCAAGCGCCACAAGUGGAACGAGAGAGCAGAAGACAGCCUGAGAGUGAUCCAGCACAACGCCCUGGAGGACCGCUCCAUCUCCGACAAGCAGCAGUGGGACGCAGCGAUUCAGUUCAUGGAGGAGACCCUGCACAGUCGCCUGAAAGACACUGAAUCAGUCAUUGAAGACAUGGUGGGCCCAGACUGGAAGAAAAGGUGGCUCUACUGGGUGGGGCGCACCAAAGAACAGACCAUCCGCAAUGAAACGAAAAAUGAACUUGAGAAGAUGAUAAAAUGCAACGAAGAGCACCCGGCUUACCUUGCAAACGAUGAGGUCACAACCGUCCGGAAGAACCUGGAGGCCCGGGGGGUGGCCGUGGACCCCUGCCUGAUUAAAGACACCUGGCACCAGGUUUACAGGCGGCAUUUCUUGAAGAAGGCCCUGGGCCACUGCAACCUCUGCCGGAGAGGCUUUUAUUACUACCAGAGGCAUUUUGUGGACUCUGAGCUCGAGUGCAACGAUGUGGUCCUGUUCUGGCGGAUUCAGCGGAUGCUGGGCAUCACGGCCAACACCUUGAGGCAGCAGCUGACCAACACGGAAGUGAGGCGCCUGGAGAAGAACGUGAAAGAGGUGCUGGAGGAUUUUGCUGAGGACUGCGAGAAGAAGAUGAAGCUGCUCACGGGGAAGAGAGUCCAGCUGGCCGAGGACCUCAAAAAGGUUCGGGAGAUCCAGGAGAAGCUUGAAGUCUUCAUUGAAGCCCUCCAUCAAGAAGAGAAGUAGCUGGUCCGCACAGCAGAGCUUCUACAGGAAGACAAAGCCCCUCUUCUGGAACACACAAAGCACUAGAAAUGGCCACACGGCGCCUCCUGGUCCUGCUCUCCUCCCUCUUGAACUUUUUAGGGGUGCCCCAGAAUGUCUCCCAGGGAAAGGAGACAAUUGGCAGGAGGCAACGAGAGGUCCUGGCUGCCACCUGCCCUUUGGGUGAAGGUGGCAGUAAUAAGGACGAGGGAAGCAAGCCUGGCAACAGAAACCUACGCUUUCUUACCUGGAAAUGAUGCCUUGAGGGGGGUGUCCAGAUUCUGCAAGUGCUCCCUCUCUCUCUUUUUCCAGGGAGGGGCCAGAAGUAGGGGUUUUUUCUUUCUGGGGUGGCAAGACCCCUUCCGCCGCCUCUAGUGGUUUUAGCCGGUCGGGGGCUCCUUUGCGUGGCGAACCCGAGGGGCUUGAAAUAAAAUUUUAGCCUUUGUACAUA